AUGAAUCAUGAUUUUCCAGCCGACGUUGACAAUUCAGAAAUUUUUGAGCAAUUGGCUAGGAUAAUCAUUGGAGAUGGAACAUGGUCCUCUACAAUUUGCAGUAGGAAAUCCGCAGAAUUCGUCUGGAAUAAAUUGCUUGAAGGAGCAAAGAAAGGAUUGACCGAAGACGAAUUCACGAAAAGUCUAUCCGGAGAAGCUGUCGACCACACAGAUAGUCUUGCAAAAGUCUACGAAGCAUAUCGAGACCGGAUUAUCUCAUUAUUGUCUACAAUUAAAUGCCGGUCUCCGGAACUUGUCGAUUUUAAAGGACGUGUAAUUCCUCCGGAUGUGGACGAUCUCUCUGGCGAAGCCCAUUUUGCCGGCCUCGACGUGCGAUACCUAGAAGUGGGUGCCACUUCAUCAACGCCCCUCCACCUACUCUGCGACCGCGAUCAACUUAUGGACAUGCAGCACCAACUAAUGGAGGCCCAAAAUUUUAUUGCGAAUGUAAAGCGCAAAUUUAAGAAU